AUGGAUCGUUCUAAAAAGAACCUGCCUUACUUUCCUAAAUUAAAAUCGAACAAAAAACGACUUGCUGCCCAAUUAAAAGAAGCCAGAGAUAAAAAAAAAAACAAAAUACUGAAUGAUCAAAUACAACUGUCACAAAAUGAUGAUGCGUCAUUUAUAGAACUGCCUAGUUACGUCAAUGUUGAAAGAGAUAUUUUGACUCCCAUAAAUACGACGUCAUCUCAUUUAACACCUGACGAUAUGGAUGUCGAAUCAACAGAACAUGAUGACGUGAUAAACACAAACGAAUCUUCAAGUUUUGAUGUCGAUGGUGACGAAGAUAUUAUGUUUACUCCUAUAAAUACGUCAUUGCCUCGUUUAAUUCACGGUAAAACUUCUAAAUCAUCAGAUCAUGACGUGAAUGAAUCGUUGAGGCCUACAGUGGGGAAAUAUCCUUCAGGUCGUCGAAUUGUAGAUAUUUACUAUAUAUUUGAACAGAUUAAAACAUGUGUUCAUGAAGGAGGUUUUGGAUGUUCAUUUAUGAAUAUGGUGUUUGUAUCUGAAAAACAUUAUGGGUUGAGAUCGACAUUUAAAUUUAUAUGCAGUAUGUGCAACAUAAGUUCAAUAAUAAUGUCCGAGGAGAAAACUCCAGAUACGUAUAUACCAGUUAAUUUAGCUGCAAUUAGUGGAUCGAUUGCAGUUGGAAUAGGUUACUCUCAGUUAGAAGAAAUGUUGGCGUCAAUUGAUAUUCCUUGCAUGAGUGAUAAAACAUUCCAAUCGGGUCAAAAUCAAAUAAGUGAAUCUAUACAUCACGUCGCCGAGGAAGAAAUGAGAAUCGCAGGUGAAGAAGAAAGGAAAUUGGCCAUUGAAUCGGGAAAGAUUGAUAUUGAUGGAAUCCCUAUGUGUGCUGUUGUUGCUGAUGGACAAUGGUCUAAGCGCAGCUAUAAAACGAAAUAUGAUGCUUUAUCCGGAGUGGCUACAAUUAUCGGUUUUAAAACUAAAAAAAUUUUAUUUAUUGGGAUUCGAAAUCGAUAUUGUUUAAUUUGUCAAAGAGCAAAAAAUGCAAACAUUUCUGUAAAAGAA